CUCCCUGUUCCCCCAGUAGAGGGAGAAAGAUGGCGCCCACACACGUCCUGAGAUGCUGUCAACGGGGUUUAGCAUGGAUACCUGUGAUUUUCAUCGCCCUGGUCGUCUGCUGGUCGUAUUACGCUUACGUGAUAGAGCUUUGUAUAUUCACCAUCCCCAGUAUAGGAGAGCAGAUUGUCUACCUGAUCUUCUUCCACCUCUCUUUCAUCAUGUUUGUAUGGUCUUACUGGAAGACCAUCUUCAGCCAGCCUGCCAACCCCUCUAAAGAGUUCUGCCUGCCCAAACCUGAGAAGGAGCGUUACGAGAAGGAAGAGAGGCCAGAGUCCCAGCAAGAAAUCCUCUGGAGAGCCGCCACCAGUCUGCCUCUGUACACCCGCACAGGAGCUGGAGCAAUCCGUUACUGUGACCGCUGUCAAGUUAUCAAGCCAGACCGCUGUCAUCACUGCUCCGCGUGUGACAUGUGCGUGCUGAAGAUGGACCACCAUUGUCCCUGGGUGAACAACUGUGUCGGAUUCUCCAACUACAAGUUUUUCAUCCUCUUCCUGGCCUACUCGCUGGUGUACUGUUUGUUCAUUGCGGCCACCGUACUGCAAUAUUUCAUAAAGUUCUGGACACUUUGCCGGAGGAAAUCGGCAGAGAACUGCCCAAAGAAUGAGCUGCCAGACACUCACGCCAAAUUCCAUGUCUUGUUUCUCUUUUUUGUGGCCGCCAUGUUCUGCAUCAGUAUUCUGUCCCUCUUCAGCUACCACCUGUGGCUUGUAGGGAAGAACAGGUCCACUAUAGAGGCGUUCAGAGCACCAGUCUUUAGGACAGGCUCUGAUAAGAACGGCUUCUCUCUGGGUUUCCGGAAGAAUAUCGCUCAGGUCUUUGGAGACCAGAAGAAGUACUGGCCGCUGCCCAUCUUCACCAGUCAGGGAGACGGUCUGACGUUUCCCACAAGGCUGGUCAACGCUGAUGUAGAGCAGGCCACAGUGACCCUGCAGCCCGAGCCAAAUAAAAGUGUUGCUGAUGUCCCAGUGAGCCCCGUGAGCGAGUCACAGAAUCCCCUCAUGAGCAACGACCAGCAUGCCAACAACAUCGGAGACCAUCAGUCUAAUAACACCCUCAAAUCAGCUGAAAGUGAAACCAUUACAAUCUCCAUGGAGAGCGAGUCCUAACCAGGAGAAACUCCUCCGUCAUCUAAUACGAUGCCUUAAGCAACGCAACAGUUUUAGUUUGUCUCCAUGGCAACAGUCUCCCAGCUGGCAACCCCAUCCCUACAGACCCCAUUCAGAGUAACUAUGGAAAUGCAUUUCUUUCGCCCGUCACAGCACAGUAAUGCAUCUAUGGCAUUGGCAUUUUCGCAUGCAGUUUCAUAAGCAAAUCUCACACCUACCCCCCCAUGUGAUACGAGCUAGUUCCUCUUCACACACACACACAAACACACAUGCUAACACGCAUACAUUCAACUGUAUACAUAUUUCCUCGUGCUGUUUUAGUUUUUCUCACAAGUGGAGCAUUUAUUGAUGAAAAUUCAAGAAUCCUGGAAGGAAUAUUACUAGCUACUUUUGGUGUUUAAUGAGAAAAACUUUUUGGUGCCAAAAGCUCCCUGGGUGCACCGGGACUCGUUUUAAAGGCACAAAGCUGCGGUGAAGAGCGGGGGACAAGCUGGAGCAGCGUGUUUGUUUUGAACAUUUCGUGUUUUUUUUUUAGAAAGGCAGUACAUCCUGAGGAGAUGGAUCAGUUUACCUGUGUGACAGUUGUUGUUGUUUUUUGUCUUUUUAUUUUUAACUCAUAAUGUUGGAGCGCAUCUGUGGUCUGCAACUUUUUUGAGCUGGAUGUUUCCCACCCAAAACCUGGACUAUCUUACAGAGGACUCUACACCGCACGGUCCAGCGGACUGAACCAGUGCACAACAGGGAAGGCUGUAGCCGGGUUUUGGGUGGCGUUUUGGAUAUUACACAGCACAAGGUGGCACAUUUGCACUUUGUAGAUUAUCAAUGUCCAUCAAACAACGUGCUGCUUUUUUUUGUUCUUUUUCUCAUGUCCAAAAAGCAUCCCAGGUAUAACGGAUGUUGGAUGAUCAUGUGAUUUCUGGCGUAUUGUUUGUGUGUGAAUGUGUGUAACAGUUGAAGUGGCAGUAAGAACUAACAGCAACUAAAAGAAUCAGCUUAAUGUGUUUUUUUUUUUGUGGCCAACUUGUGUUACAUGCUGCUUAUAAAUGACCUGGGAGAUGCAUUUCAAACAGUGCAAUGCGCAGCGUCCAUCACUACCUGUUCUUUUCAGUGUCAUAUGUAAGUAUGUCCAUCAGUGAUUCUCAACCCGCAACGUCUACAGCCUGUUUUUCUACUCAGCUCAGCGCUUCAGCCUUUACUACGACACCAUUGCCAAAUAAGGGCUGACCUGUCAGGAGCUCUGACCUCUGAACCUGAAGUGUUUACAACAUCCUAGCUUUAUCUUAACCUCACUGGCCAAUGUAUUCAUAACCAAAUUCUACUUAUCAGUCAUUAUGGCGCAAUAUUUUCUACAAGGUGCGUCUGUCCCUCCUGCCUGUAGCGGGUCAUGAUGUCCUUGCAAUACCAGUGCUGGCCGGCAGGUUGCGACACUGCUCCUGUUAUCUGCCCUCAUUCAGAUGGAGAUGUUUUUCUGAACUCCAUCAACAUGUGGCUCAGGGCUCAAUUCACUUUCAGUCUAAUUUGCAGGUGCAGCUUUCUUCAGAAAUAAGUAUUUAAUUCAUACCAUGCAUAGCUUUCCUGUAAUAACUCUCUUUUUUGGAAUGAAAGUGAAUUGAACCCAUCUGAUCUAAUGUGAAAUUAGAGGUGUCGACUACGGCUUUCUUCUCGCCUCAUCUACUCCGUGUUGUGACCUUGAACUGUUAAAGGAGCCUCAGCUUGUGUUAAAAACCUAACAGUUAACCUGUUAUGUCAGUGUUGAACAUCUGGGAUAUGUCAGUGUUGAACAUCUGGGAUGUGUCAGUGACUCAGAGGAUCUGACAAAAAUCUGUAAAGGAAGACUUUUUUAAUUAGAUUUCGUGAAUCAUGCACAUGUGAAUACCUGCUAAAGAAUGGACCAUUCUGUCAGUAUAACCAAAUAACAACUGUUCAGGAUUUAGUUACGUCCUUUUUGCGAGGAAUUUUGUUAUUUAUAUGCAACUUUCACAUCGAAAGGGAAACCCAACGAAUUCCUGAUGUCUGUCAUUUGCUCGUGUCUAUCUGAUCACACCCCUGACUGUUUGCUGGAAGAGCCUCCUACUAACUAGACUCUGGUGAUGUACAAGUUUACAGCUGUUUCUAUGGCGUAGAGUGAGUUAGUGGUGUUGUACGGUGCGUUUCUUGGUAAUCAUUGUGCUGAAUGUACCACAGCUGGGACAGUAGGGGGGGAUGGAGAGUUAAAAACAGCCCGCUCUUUUGACUUUUAUGUUUACGUUUUUGUCCUUCCAAUCAUGUUUGACCCUUUUUGAGCCCGAGUGUAUUUAUAGUUACAAACCAGUGAUUGGAGGACAUUUGUUGCUGUAUGGAUGAUGCUCAUGGGGGCCUAAGUAUCAGAAUCACACCGGUGGUUCGAUCUCAGUUUAGCAGAUUAAAUCACUGAGAUCAUGAUGCAAGCCAAGGUUGUGUUCUGAUCACGUGUAGAUCUUUUCUAAACCUCACAUUUAGUUGAAGAAAAAAAAAGACAAAAACAUCUGUAUGUUCAUCUGUCAAGAGCCCGCUCAUCACUUUACGGCCACUGAUUCUGAAACAUUGGACCUGUCGUCUUGUCGUUUUACAAAUUGCCUAUAUUCUCUCUCUGGGCUGUUUGGCCUUGAGACUAAAGUGCGCGUGUGUAUUUUGUAAUGCUUAAUUGAGUGUUCUUUUGUAAUAUUGUCGUCUUGGAAGAAUUUGCUUCUGUGCAGCCAUGAGAUUUUUACAUGUCUGUUUACAUGUACACACAUAACGUCUGACUAAUGCUCAAAAGCAUGGCGCCUAACUCGUGUAAAAAAAUGUGUUUUAUCAAGAUAACAGGGAUUAUGGUGUCAAAACAAAACAUUGGGGGUUUACAAUUCUUGCCAGGUGCGUCAUGUUUUCAAUUAGCUUUACUCUGGUCUGUCUCAACUUUAUAAACGAAGCCAUAAAAACUCCUGUGAAAACGGAGGAAGGAUCUGACAAUUUCAUUUCUUUUGCGACUGUAAACAUUUCACAUCUGUAUUCACAUUGCAGAUGUAGCCUAUCAUAACGUGCUUAUUGCUACACUUUGGUUUCUUUUUGUUACAAUGUCCUAUUUUACAAUGUGUGUAUAUAUAUAUUGAUAAUGUAAGAAAAAGACUACAUAUAUAUUUUUCUUGUCUGAUUAAUUUUACUGUUCCUAUUUUGUGAAUGAAGUACAUGCCUCUACACGAUUAACAUGAAAAUAACAAUAAAUGUUUUUUUAAACCUCCUGUC